ACUGACCAAAAGCUCCCCUCAUUAGUGAAAAACAGCCAAUAGAAGCUUACGACGUCACUGUCGAAUCCUCUCCGUGCCCCCUCCCUAAUGAUGAACUGAAUCCAGUCCCAUGACCCCGCUAUAACUUAACCCGCUCGCCGGGAGAAGCCAAGUUCCUCAACAAACAUUGGAUCCCAACACCUCUUCUUCCUCUUUCUUCUUCUCAACUUGAUCUUCAAAAAUCCAAUCUCUACAACACCGCUACUCUACUCUCCACCAACCAGCCAAUACCAUCACCAUGUCUGCCCCCCAGAGCGAAGCUUUCAAGACGGCCGUCGAGGACUCCAAGAAGCUCACCUCCAAGCCUGGUCCCACCGAGCUCCUCGAGCUCUACUCUCUCUACAAGGUCGGUAACGGUGAAGACUUCACCAAGGCUGAGAAGCCCGGCAUGCUCGACCUCAAGGGCAAGGCCAAGUACAACGCCUGGAAGAAGGUCGCCGAGGAUGACAAGCUCACUCCUGAGGCCGCUCAGGCCAAGUACGUUGAGCACGUCGAGAAGCUCAAGAAGUCCUGCGGCUACGACGCCAACAAGGUCCCCGAGACUGUUGGCGCUUAAGCGUGCGACUUUUUUAUCCUCUACGAAAUAGAUAAACUCUCAACGAUGAAACGAAAUUAAUUCAAAAGAGUUGGAAUGACGAAAUAUAUAUGGACCCUACAAAUGUCGGACCAAGUUAAAUGGGGUGAAGCCCUUUGGGGUUUCCAUCCUCCGCUGCCGAUAGCGUACAUUAUACUUAGCUGAGAAAUCAUACCCUUUCGUUUUGCGCCA